CUCGCCAUCCCACCACACGUUUCUUUCCUCAUUGGAUGACGAAGAUGGUGAUAAUUCGGUGGUGCGCACCACCGCCAGCUCUCCUGCUCCCUCACCAUCCCACCGCACGUUUCUCCAGUCCCAAACCUCCAUCCGUCGUCUAUGCAAAAUCAUCUUCUCCUGCUUCUUCUUCGACAACAAGAAGAGCUCUAUCUCUUUCUCUAAUCUUCUCAUCAUUCACUUGUUCUUAUUAUUCUUCUUCAGAAGCUGCCACUUCUGAGUUCUUCGAGCUCCAAGGUUCGGGUGGUGUCAAGGCAUUGGAUCUCCGAACUGGUUCCGGUGAGGUUCCCGUGGAUGGCGACCAGGUUGCAGUUCAUUACUAUGGAAGAUUGGCAGCUAAACAAGGAUGGCGUUUUGAUUCAACAUAUGAUCACAAAGAUGAAACGGGUGAACCAAUUCCUUUUGUUUUCACCCUUGGGUCUGGGAAAGUUAUUUCAGGGAUUGAAGCUGCUGUGAGAUCUAUGAAAGUAGGGAGCAUUCGUCGAGUCAUCAUCCCACCAUCCCAAGGAUAUCAGAACACAUCCCAAGAGCCCAUACCACCCAAUUUUUUCGACAGGCAGAGAUUAUUUACCACCAUUUUUAAUCCAACCCGUCUUGCAAAUGGAGAAGGCUCGACGUUGGGGACUCUCAUAUUUGAUAUUGAAUUGGUCAGCCUGAAGCAUCCAUGAAACCCAGAUUCCAUGAUUCUAAAAACAAGUUAUUUGUAUUCAAUACAAGCUGGAUCCUGAUUUUCAUUCGAUUGUGGGUGCUGAAGGUGUUAAGAGCCUCUUAUCUCUGAUACCAAGCUUCCAGAAUGUUGGUUUCCCAAGCUCUACACCAAUGCUCCAAUGAGAUAAUGCAGGUGUGUGUGUGUAUGUAUGUAUGGGUUCUCUGUUGAUAGUCCAAAAUGUACCUAAAAUUUGGAAGUUAAAUUUUUUAAUUGGGUCAUUUAGCCAAGCUAUGAAUGUCACUGGAGGUUAAUUUUGAA